AUGGCGCGCGAAUUGGUAAAGUGUUCUACGGUGAGCUCGGGAAGGUGGCGGAUUCUUCCGGCGGUGGUUCUGUUCCUCCUGUCCAACGGUGGUUGUAGCAGUGCCUGGCUAAGUCCACUGCCAGAUGAGGUGUUGGUGGCCGGUGAUAGGUUUCUGGAAGCUGGCGUGUUGGAGGUCGUUCCAACGCAGGAAGUCGAUAGGACGUACUUCCUGCCGAACAAUUCCAUCCCGACGCAUUACUCUAUCUCGCUGUACACGGAUAUCCACAACGAUGUGCGGACGUUCAGUGCUACCACCAGGGUGCACCUAACCGUGGUGGAGCCAACUAGUGUACUGACCCUGCACGUUCAGGAACUCACCAUCCAAACGGCGAUACUCCACCGAUUUCCCAACUCGGGGGGCGAUCCGAUCAAAGUUGACACCCCAUCGUGGAAAAUAAACAUCGUCCUUGAGCACAUCGUUUUCCAGUGCUCGCUCGUGCUUCCGCAGGGAGACUACAUCCUCGAGGUUGCGUACACCGGCACGAUGCGUAACUACCAGAGUGGAUAUCUAGUGUCGAGGUACCGCGACGACGCAGGGCUGUGGAAAUCGGUCGGCACGACUCACUUCCAGGCCACGCUCGCUCGCCGGGUGCUGCCCUGCUACGACGAGCCGGCCCUAAAGGCAACGUUCGACCUGGAAAUCACCCACCAUCGAACGUACAACGCGAUCGCCAACAUGCCGAGGAAAGGCGUUACGAUCGCUCCCAACAACCGGGAGUACCUGGUGAGCACGUUCGAGCGGACUCCCCGAAUGUCUUCCUAUCUGCUUGCGUUCGCGGUGACUGACUUUGUGUCGUUGGGGGACAAACAACACGAGGUGGUUGUGCGCAGCAACGCCGAGGAGGACGCAAGAUAUGCCGUAGAUGCUGGUGCGGCGAUUUUAGAACGACUUGGGGAUUAUCUGGAAAACUCCUACUUCGACCACAUGCCGAAGAUGACUUCGAUCGCCGUGCCGGACCGUGGCACAGGUGCCAUGGAGAAUUGGGGUCUAGUGACGUACGGAGAACCGUCGCUGUUGUACAAUCCGACCGUAAACACCUAUCGCAAUCGUAAACGAGUGACGACCGUCAUCGCCCACGAGUACGCCCAUCAGUGGUUCGGGGAUCUGGUCAGCCCGCAGUGGUGGGAAUACAUCUGGCUGAACGAAGGGUUCGCCACGCUGUACGAGUACUAUGCGACCCGGCUGGCCAUGCCCGGCGACGAGUACUGGGAGCUUUUCACCGGCGAGGUCACCCAGCGAGCGUUCCUGCAGGAUGCGAGUGAAACGAUUCGGCCGAUCAAUUGGAACGCCGCCUCGCAGGAUGACGUACCGAGGCUGUUCGAUAUCAUUGCCUACCAGAAAGCCGGCAGUGUUCUGAACAUGUUCAGCAAAGUACUCGGUGAGACGAACUGGCGUGAGGGCCUUAAGACGUACCUUUCCGACCGAGGAUUUGAGGCGGCCACUGAAGCAAACCUGGCCACCCACCUCCAGCAAGCGAUCGACGGCAAGAACGUCCUACCGGAGGGUGCCAAUGUGCGUGACCUUCUCGCAUCCUGGACCGAUGGGCCCGGAUUCCCAGUGCUCAACGUGCGACGACUCUACCGCGACGGAGAAAUAAUUCUCUCCCAGGAACGGUUCCUCGCCGAUAAGGUCCUCCCAAACAACCACGUCUGGCACAUUCCGUACAACUACGCGUACAAAUCUUCACCGACGUUCUAUGAGCUGGAAAAGCACGAAUGGCUUUCGUCUCACGCCGUAAAAAUCUCCACCCCUGUGCCAGACGACGAGUGGGUCGUGUUCAACCGGCAGCAGAUGGGUUACUACCGGGUGAACUAUGACGCCCGAAACUGGGAAUUGAUCGCGGAAGGACUUAUGGAGCGGCACAAUGACAUCCACCGGCUGAACCGGGCGCAACUCAUCGAUGACGCGUUCAAUCUGGCCCGGGCGGAUCUGCUCGACAUGGCCGUGGUGUUGCGCUUGAUGCGAUACCUUCGCAUGGAGAGGGACUAUGCCCCAUGGCAGGCGGCGGAUAAGGUACUCACCUACCUUUACGACAAGUUACGUGGCACGGAGCAUGAGGAAGCGUUUGUCGCGUACGUCGAUGGGCUGAUUUCGGAGGUGUACGCUACGACACCGGUCGAUACGGUCAAUACCUCCGAGUCGACGUUGUUCAAGUACCUACGACAGUUGAUCACCGGAUGGGGUUGCCGAAUUGGAUAUCGAGACUGUCUAGAGCGCUCCCGGGAGGCUCUAAGGAAAGAGUUCACACCCGAGCAAGGCUCAGAGGCGGUGCAAGUGCAUCCCGAUGUGAGAGCUGUUGUUUACUGCUACGGCUUGCAAGAGGACGUUGUGACCGAGUUCGAGGCUAUCUACCAACGUCUCAUAGCGUCGCGCAAUCAGGCGGAACGGACAGACCUCAUCGAUGCACUGGGAUGCUCCAAGAAUCCGAGCAACAUUAGGACGAUGAUUGCGACGAUUUUGUUCAGCGCUUUGCCCGACACGAACUUUGUGUACCUCUCGGAAGAACGUGGUCGAAUAUUCGAAGCCAUCGUCGCCGGAGGAAGGGCCCCUAUCGAUACAUUAAUGGUCGUGCUCAGCGACGUUGUUACCGUACAACAGCUGAUGGCUAUCGUCGGUGAGGGAGCGAUCACAAAUGCGAUCACCAAUAUCGCGCGACGAACUAACAACGCGCAGGAGAUGGCGCAACUCGAGACGAUGCUAACCUCGCUUCAAACGUCCCUCGCCCCGAGUACCCUCGCUGCCGUCCGGGAAACGGCAUCCUCACGCACCCAAUGGUUCACGACGGCCGAGGCACUGAUUGUGGGCGAGUUCCUAGAGCGGUACAAUGUUUAAUCAGGAUUCUAGAAUAGGUAGAGAUAGGCGUUGCGUUGCGUAUUGAUUUAAUUCAAUCACGGAGUCGUGACGUGCUCGGGUGUGGGGAAGGGCAGAGAAUCGAACAGAUGAUUGCUUAUCGUAUCAAGCUGUCAACGGUAGGCGCUCGUCGAAUGAAUGG